AUGACUUUCUAUGGUACUAAUAUCACAAAAUUCGCGACGCAAACUCUGCAGGGUUGGCGAAGUUUGAUCAAACCUUACGUUAUUACAACGAUCGCUAUUGGUUCGAGUGUCACUACCGGUGAUCUCAUCUGUCAAUAUUUAGAAAGUCAUAAGAAAGGUCCAGAUGGUAAACGUCUCGUACCACCGUCGUCUUCUACAUUUUCAUGGUGGAAUCGUGAACGAUCCCAAGUUAUGGGCACAACAGCUGUUCUCGUAUCAACACCUUGGUCGUUCACACUUGCAAGAAUAGUUGAAAGAUUAUUUCCAGGUCAGUUCCANUAUUGGUAUUAUCGUACAAUCUCAGAAUGA